GACUAGCGGCCGACGCGUUUAAGACGCGCAGGUCCCGUGUAAAUAAUAGAAGUCCGUUUACUCGCCAGCGUUCAAAUUAUACGAAAAUUACAUCUUUAACAGUAAACACACGACGUCGAGGAGACAAAUAUAAACACCUCUGGUGUAGGUUUAAUUUUUGAGAAAGUAAUUCAACGUAAAUACGUAAAACGAAGUCCCACGACAGAGGCAUCCAGCUGGAUUAACACGCACUAAAAUCACAAGCAGCUGCUAAACUACAAGCAGUUUUAAUUUCGUUCAUAAACAAACCUCCACAGUAAAAAAUACUUUAUCACAGAGAUGAGUAAACGAGAAGACGAAGGAUGUGCCCGAAAACGGAGGACAGAACCAGGUCAGAGAUCAGAGGAUUGUAUGAACCCGAAUUCAGUCGUCAUUUCUGCAUUCAAAGUGUUCCAGAUGUGGAGGAGAUCCUGAAUGAGGCCGAGGUGAAGCUGGAUGGUGUGAGGCAGAAGAUCGGACAGAUCGCAGAGGAGCUGAGAGGAGAAGAUUUACAUCAGUUUCACAGAGCGUUUACUCCAGGCAUUCAGGAGUAUGUGGAGGCUGUUUCCUUCCAUCACUUCAUCAGACAUCGCUCCCUCAUCAGCCUGGAGGAGAUCAACGCUCGUCUGGUCUUCAUCAGAGACAAUAAUAAGGCUGUAGGUGAGGGGACGUUUUCCAGUCCAUGUGUCCUGACCUUCCAGAUCACCCCGACAGAUUACCUGCUGGGUGUAGCAGAUCUGACGGGUGAACUGAUGCGCAUGUGCAUCAGCAGCGUGGGGAACGGAGACAUGGACACACCAUUCCAGCUCAGCGGAUUCCUGCGCCAAAUCCACGACGGCUUCUCUUUAAUUGGCAACACGGGGCCCUAUGAAGUGUCCAAGAAGCUGCACACGCUCCGCCAGAGCCUGGGGAAGGUGGAGGACGCCUGCUACACCCUGCGCGUCCGCGGAUCUGAGAUCCCCAAACACAUGCUGGCGGACGUCUUCUCCAGCAGGGCGGCACACAUCGAUCCUGAUGACGCCAUGGCUUGAGAGAUGGAGGUGUUUAUUGUAUCGUGGGAGUGUUUCAGGACUCCUGCUUCUGUAUCUGAUUCAGUGCUUGCUUGUUGUUUUUUCGUGACAAUUUUCAUGCGGUUUGCACGAUGUUUAAAAGGAUAAUUCAGCCAGAAAUGUAAAUUCGGUCAUCAUUUAUUCUCCCUUUCUGUUUCUGUUGAACACCAAGGAAGAUAUUUUUAAAAAUGAUAGAAGCUAUAUUAUUGUGGGAGUGUUUUAGGACUCCGGUUUCUGUAUUUGAUUCAACGCUUGCAUGUUGUUGCUUCGCUCCUGGAUUCCGAGCUGCUAUUUUCAUGCAGUCGUACAAUUUAAAGGGAUAGUUCAGCCAAAAUGAAGAUUGUUUAUUCACUCUUCACUUCUGUUCCUUUCUGUUUCUGUUGAGCACCAAAGAGGAUAGUUUGAAAAAUGUUGGAAAGCUGUAACCAUUGACUUGCUUAGUAUUUUUUCAGUCAGUGGUUUUCAGCUUUCUUCUAAAUAUCUUCUCUUGUGUUUAGUAGAAUAAAUUAACUAGUGCUGUUAAAAGAUUAAUCACAAUUAAUUUCAUCCGAGAUAAAAGAUUGCGUUUACAUAAUUUAUUUGUGUGUGUGUGUGUGUGUAUGUGUGUGUAUAUGUGUGUGUAUAUAUGUAUAUAAAACAAGAUUA